AUGCCUUGGGUCCCAAAACUAAAAGGAUUCAUACCAGCUGGUAAAUAUCCAAGGAACAAUGAUCUCAUAUGGGUCAAGGACCUCAUUGACGAUACAUGCUGGAGAUGGAACAGAGCACUGAUAGAGGAAAGCUUUGAAGUAGAAGAAGCAACCGCAAUAUUGGCAAUUUCCGGCUUGAACCCACACGAGAAAGACAAGUUAACCUGGGCUUGGAAUAAUGCUGGGAAACAUACUGUUGCAUCUACUUACUCAGCUCUGAUUGAAAGAAAGUGGAGGAUAAUGGAUGUAGCAGGGUCAAGUGUGCAUCAGGUAGAGCAAAAAAGAAUCAGAAGAAGAACCUGGAACCUGAAGCUACAAGGGAAAGUGAAACAUUUUAUAUGGAAAGGGACUCAAAACAUUCUUCCUGUAUUGGUGAAUCUUAAAGGAAGAGUGCUGAACUUGGACCAGAUAUGUAAGUUUUGCGGAGAGGAAGAGGAAUCCCAGGAACACAUGUUCUUCCACUGUCCAAGAGCCGUUAGAAUAUGGAAGAUGUCACCAGUAUCCUGGGAUGGCCUUAAAGCCCACACUCAUACCUUCAGAACAUGGUGGAGUGCCCUGUGCACGAUCCCAAGCAAACCAGGGCUGGAUGACAGAAUCCAUUUCUCGUGCUACCUUUUAUGGUGGAUCUGGAAAACCCGGAAUCUUUGGGUUUUCAAGCAAGCAUUAAGAUCGGAAAGAGAUACAGUGAAGCUGGCCCUAGAGAAUUGGCAGUUAUUCUCUGCAAACUUGUAG